AUGCAUCUCUCUACUAUGCUACCCGCGACUCUGCUCGUCGCUACCGCCCUCGCGGCACCCCUCGCACCACGCGGCCCCACCAAGACGGCGGCCCCCUCCGCCGAGUCCAUCAUCCUCGCGACGGCGCCCAAGUCGUCAUCAUGCGAUUCCGCGGCUGACUUCGCCACCGAGUGUCGCACCGCCGCCCAGGCAGCCCCCUACCUCAUCAAGGCCUUCAGCGACCACAAGGUCUACGCUCCGGCCGAGAUCGCGGCCCUCCUCUCCCUCAUCGCCUUUGAGACGGGCGAUCUCAAGUACAACCGCAACCACUUCCCCGCGCCCGGCCGCCCCGGCCAGGGCACCCGCAACCUGCAGAUGAUCAACUUUAACCUCGCCUACGCUCUCGACGUGCCCGAGCUGCGUGCCGAGGCCGAGAGCAUCACCGCCGGCGCCGGUGCCGACAGCCUGACCGACGACCAGAAGAACAAGGUCCUCGAGCUCGUACUGCCAGACAAGUAUUCGUGGGCCUCGGCCGCCUGGUUCCUGACGACCCAGUGCGACGCCAGCGUCCGGACAGCGCUGCAGUCCGGCAGCCGUGAGGGACUUAACAAGUAUCUGUCCGAGUGCGUCGGUACGGAGGUCACCGACGACAGGGUGGCCUACUGGCAGCGGGCCAAGGAUGCAUUUGGCAUCUAG